AUGACCACGGCUUGUAUCAAGCCAGAGGCUGAAUUUGCUCUGGAGACUAAGCCCACUAUCAGGAAACGUCGAAGGAGGACAACAACUACAGGCGCGGCCGACGAUUGCUUUACGUGCCAGAAACGGAACGCCCCAUGUGACCGCAGGAGGCCGUACUGUGGACAGUGUCUCGAAAUAGGAAAAGAUUGCUCUGGAUACAAGACGACGCUGACAUGGGGCGUGGGCAUCGCCAGUCGAGGAAAGCUGCGAGGCUUGACAUGUCCUGUAGCGGAAAAGACUGAUGGACCGGUUGGUGUCACCAAACGAAAUAGUCUAUCGCAACCUCGAAGGAAGCCGUCCGCGACCGCGCCUGCCUCCGGGAGGGCUGUAGCCCCACGUAUAAAUAUAAGCACCAAUGCUGUGUCACCUGCCUCUCAAGAGCCUCUUUACACUCCGUCCUACGGCCUGCUAUCACCGCUCGACCCUCAACAGCCCAUCUUCUGGCAACCUUUGCAACAAUACGCGAACUCCGGACUCCCGUCGCCGACCUCUCCGUUUGACAAUACCCAUCUAGUUCAUCAGAGAAAUCCAUCCGAGUAUCCUUUGACACCAGUCUCAUUAUCCUACAAUGAUGGCUUGCAGUCUUCUGCUAAUUACAACCUUGUGGAGCCUUCGCCUCGAUCUUACCCUGACUCCUAUCCACCACCAUCAUCAUUCUAUCCCGAUCCGCCUCUAGAAGCCUCUAGUGUUGCUGAAGAAACUAAAUUCUCUCAACAUCAAGAUACCUCCUUCUUCGAGCCUGGAUACGAUGUGAAUGGUGCAGAUUACGAUCAAACCAUACAGUCUGAUUCCUUCGACUACACCAGCCUCGAUCUAACUUUGGCUGACCCUCAGCAACCUUCAAGCACACUACCAGAGUUAGCUAUAUCUAUCCCGAGGGCCAUGGCAACCUCCUUGUUCUACCAUCUGUCGCCAAGGAUGCAAUAUCUGCUGGAUUAUUAUGACAAGCAUAUCUGCUCCGUUCUAGUUGCCUUCGAUGAUACCAUCAAUCCAUAUAGGAUGCACAUCCUUCAACUCGCCACUCAUAACCAAGGUCUCCAAAAUGCUCUUGCAGCUCUUUCGUUGAACAACAUGCGAAUGCGACUACACAAGAGAGCCCCUCCAAGAGGCUUCAUUGAAGAGCUGGACAACAAGCAGCAGGAUAACGACAACAGCAUUCUAGCCCGGCCGUCGCCCGAGGAAAGUUACUACAAGAGUGUAUCGAUUGGUCAAUUGCAGGCUCAGUUGGCCGAUGCGGCCAAUGCCCAAGACGAUUCGGUCCUUGCUAUAUUGCUCAUUCUGUGUUUGUUCCACGUCUGCGAUAGUGGAUUUUCCAAAUUCAAGACACAACUUGAGGGUGUGCAAAGGUUGCUUUCCAUGCGCGAUCCAGGUGUUAGGACUGGCUUUAUCGGUUGGGUCGAGAUGUUCUUCGCCUGGUUUGAUGUCAUGACCUCGACUGUGAACGACAGAGAGACUGAGAUUCAGGGCGACCGUCUGGAUAUGCUCCACUUUUCCUCCAACCUUGGCGCUCUGGAGCAGUUCUCGGGAUGUGAUGGUCGUCUGUUCAAGUUGAUUGCGCGUCUCGGGCGCUUGAACCUUCUAUCACAAAACCGUCCUGUACGUCCGGAUCCUCGAAACUCGAGAGCAUCCUAUGGCGCUACUUCAACACCAAAAUCGAAGGACUUAAAUGCUUUCUCCACUCAAAGAGGUCGUCGCCCACGAUCGCAGGUUGAACCGGUGGAUUUCAGCCGACUUGACGGAAAUGGCUGGGGUGCCUUGCUAGCCGACCCUCAGGAAGACUUUGACACAAUCUACAAAGAACCUUCGGACACCCGACAAGAGUUCUGGAAGGAGUGGCAUGAUAUUCGAUCUCGGCUAGAAACAUGGUCCAUGGAUAGCCCUUGUUUGUCACCCACAGCUCUCGAGUCCUCAGCAGCAUCACUUGAGCCUGGACAAAGGGACCUGACGCACAUUAACGAGUCUUUCCGUUCAUCAGCUUUGCUGUACACUGAGCGUCUCGCCCACCCUUUCCUGCCAUCGUCAUCUCCAAAAUUCCAGGCACAUGUCCGCAACGCUCUUUCGCACAUAGCCGCAUUGGAAAUCACUUCAUGUGUCAACAAGUUCUUACUCUGGCCCUUGUUUAUCUCAGGAACAGAGUGUGUCGAUGCAGCUGAUCAGGCACUCGUACGCGACAGGUGCAUAGAGGUACAGAUCGAGAGCGGCUUCUUCAACAACAUUUCCGUUCUAGAUGUCCUUGAGAAAGUGUGGGCUGAGAACGACACUCAAGAUGUGCAGGACGCAGAUUCUGACGAGGUGCAACGCCGACGAGACAGUGCUAAGGAGAAUGGAGACCGUAUACAAGCGUUCAGAUGGAGAAAGGCCAUGGACAGGGUCGAUGGCGAGUAUCUUGUUAUUUGA